UACGUCUGGUUCGGAGGCGAAUGUUGCUGCAUUUGUUGACGUUUUAGUUUUAAGGUUUAUUCGCCUUUAAUCUUUAUAUAUUUCACUGUCAGGUCGCUCGUCGAAAAAGACACCUGCAAACAUGAAGUGGAUGUUUAAAGAGGAUCAUUCAUUGGAGCACAGGUGUGUGGAGUCUGCCAAAAUCAGGAACAAAUACCCAGACAGAGUUCCUGUUAUCGUAGAGAAAGUAUCUGGCUCACAGAUUGUGGACAUUGACAAGCGGAAGUAUCUGGUCCCGUCUGACAUCACAGUGGCCCAGUUUAUGUGGAUCAUUAGAAAGCGGAUCCAACUGCCUUCUGAAAAAGCUAUAUUCCUCUUCGUUGACAAAACUGUUCCUCAGUCCAGUCUGACUAUGGGACAGCUAUAUGAGAAAGAGAAAGAUGAGGACGGCUUUUUGUAUGUGGCCUACAGCGGAGAGAACACAUUUGGAUAUUAGGAUCGCUGCAUCAUCCCUGCAUCCUGUUUCUUUUGGACUGGCUUCAUUGUUCCGAAGACUCAUCGGUGAAAUAAUGACACAGCAGAUGUAUUAGUACCCAUAGUUUCACUCAUUAUAUUGUGCUUUGAAACAUUAGCUCUAUCUUUAUUUUAUUUUUUGGUAUAUGGUGUUACAGUAUUAUUUCAGACACUUAAUAAUGUUGAAACUGGGACUAUAUAGUAACUUUUAAUUUAUCUGUAUUUUUCUUCUGUAAAUUAUAAAUAUUUACGAUAAAUGAAAGGGAAGGUAGCUGGAUGACCUAACCAAUAAAAACCCCAAAAAGAAACUCAGCUGUUGAGA